AUGAUGCAAGCGAGUCAAAAUUUUGAUAAAACUGUCGAUCGUUUGUUACCUCCGAAACCUCAUCGAAAUCAAAGGCUAUAUCGACCAGAAGAUGCGAAAACACUUGGUCUUCGAGUACCAGAUUCUGAGAGCUUCUCGGCUAAAUCGAACUCGUCCUCGUCUAAAAGUUCGGCACACCUGUCCAACACGAAAUACGUUGGUAAAAGAUCGAAUGACGAUACCAGGUCCAAGAAAGAUGUUAAACGUCAUCGGAACGUAGAUGUGAACGUAAAAGCGACCAAGAAGCAACCGGAUCUGAAACAAGAGCGGAAAGCUCAACGGACACCCACUUUGGAGAGAUUGAGCAAUUUGCACGCGAAAUUGGAACGAGGAUUGAAAAAUAUAUCGAACCGAACGAAAACUCGGUCGAAAGUUGGGCCGGAGAGCGCCAAGGAGUCUAGCAAUUUGAAUUCGACAACGAUACGUGGUUACGGACGGUCGUCUGGUCGAUCCCUGAAAAAGAAUUCGACGUCUCAAGAGGACAAGCUUAGAAAGGAAUCGAGUUCAAAAUGUACGAAACAAUUGUUCAGCAUGGCCGACUCGUGGAGCAGCGACUCGAUAGUUAGUCAUUCGGAUAACUGUGCCUGCUGUCACAGCCGAGAGCCUUGUCCCUUUCACGGAAGCGAGAAUUUCUUUCAAGAGAAAUAACCAACAAUUUUCCCUCCUUCGACAUUAAAUUUGAGAAAUUUCCAU